UGAAAGGCUAAGCUCAUGACUCUGCUGGGGAUGGUGCAACAUUACCACCGCCAUGAGCUGCCCAAGCCUCGCAUCAGCCAUGGAUCAUCAGAACUAGGGAUUUUCCACCCUGCAUGGAUCAAGCACCGGCCGCUCGCAACCACGGUGCUCCGGGCGCUGGCCCGGGCGGUCCUGAGGAUGCCGCGGGGACAAGGGAAGCGAAAGGCCGAGGUCACGGAGGUGCCUCGCGUGUCUCGGAGGAGGACGGAGGAAGAGGAGGCGAUGCAGGAGGCCCGGCGGAGGGCGGCCCCGUCCGUGCGAGAGUUCAAGUACAACAAAAAGCGGGUUCGCCUCGUCUCGCAGGGCUCGGACCUGAAGGAUAAUGCUCGGUGCAUCCUUUACUGGAUGUGCCGGGAUCAGCGGGUACAAGAUAACUGGGCUUUCCUCUACGCCCAGCGCCUGGCCCUCAAACAGGAGCUGCCCCUGCACAUCUGCUUCUGUCUGGUGCCCAAAUUCCUGGAGGCCACCAUCCGGCACUACGAUUUCAUGCUGAGAGGCCUGCAGGAGGUGGCCGAGGAGUGUGCAGAGCUGAACAUCUCCUUCCACUUGCUGCUGGGCUACCCCAAGGACGUGCUGCCUGCGUUUGUGGUGGAGCGUGGUGUGGGUGGGCUGGUGACAGACUUCAGUCCCCUCCGCCUCCCCCGGCAGUGGGUGGAGGACGUCAGGGAACAGUUGCCAGAGGAUGUGCCAUUUGCACAGGUUGAUGCCCACAACAUUGUGCCCUGCUGGGUUGCCUCCCCCAAGCAGGAAUACAGCGCCAGGACCAUUCGGGGCAAGAUCCACGCUCAGCUCCCUGAGUUCCUCACGGAGUUCCCCCCUGUUGUUCGUCACCCAUAUCCCCCGUCCUGCCCAGCAGAGCCCAUUGCUUGGGAGGCCUGUUAUUCCAGCUUGCAGGUAGACCACACCGUGAAGGAGGUGGACUGGGCAACCCCUGGCACAGCUGCAGGGCUGGCUGUGCUGAAAUCCUUCAUCACAGAGCGGCUGAAAUCCUUUGGCUCCCACCGGAACGACCCCAACAAAGCAGCUCUCAGCAACCUGUCCCCAUGGUUCCACUUUGGCCAGGUUUCCACCCAGCGAGUCAUCCUGGAGGUGCAGAAGCACCGGCGCAAGUACAAGGAGUCGGUGGAUGCGUUCGUGGAGGAGGCCGUGGUGCGCCGGGAGCUGGCUGAAAACUUCUGCUACUACAACGAGAACUACGACAGUGUGCAGGGUGCCUACGACUGGGCACAAACCACCCUGAAACUCCACGCCAAAGACAAGAGGCCUUAUAUCUACAGUCUGCAGGAGCUGGAGCAGGGGACCACACACGACCCACUCUGGAAUGCUGCCCAGCUCCAAAUGGUCCGGGAGGGGAAGAUGCACGGCUUCCUGCGGAUGUACUGGGCUAAGAAGAUCCUGGAGUGGACCCACUCCCCUGAGGAGGCCCUGAAGUUUGCCAUCUACCUUAAUGACCGCUACGAGCUGGACGGGAGGGACCCCAACGGAUACGUAGGCUGCCUGUGGUCCAUCUGUGGAAUACACGACCAGGGCUGGGCAGAGCGGGCCAUCUUUGGGAAGAUCCGCUACAUGAACUACGCCGGCUGCAAGCGCAAGUUUGACGUGGACCAGUUCGAGCGUCGCUACGCCCCCACACACUCCCAGUGACAGGCACAGCGUGCCUUGAGAGGGCUCGUGCCCCUCUGUGCUGGGGCAGAUGUGCCUUUGCCAAGGUGCCACCCUGCAGAGAUCACCCAGGGCAGGGAUCACCCUGGGUGCUGUUGGAGGGCUGUAACAGCAGCAAGCCCCAGGGUUUUGCAGGUCUCUUCUCUGCCAUCACCCCCUGCUCAAGCUGCCAUGCUGGGACAGCUGCUGGCGUCCUCUGGAGUCCUCUCCUGGGAGCUGUGAGAGCCCAUGCUCAGUGUGCCUGGACUGCCAAAAACCUUUUCUAUAACCGCCACGCUCAGGAUAGACCAGGUCACCGUUGCUGCUGCUAACCACAGCUUAGAUUUCAGCUGAGCAGGGUUUUUCUGGGGAAAAAGCCCUCAAAAAGUGGCUUGUGGUGGAGCCAGUGCUGGGCUGGGUGGCAGAUGCAUCUUUUAACAGUUGUUUUACAGUUUACAGUUUCUAUCACCUGUGUUGAUGGUGUUUAUGGGGCGAUGCACAACACUGCUGCGAGGGAAUGGGAAUGGCUGGGCUGCAUGGAAUGGGAAUGCAACCAGGGACAGAGCAGCCAAGGCCACGCCCCUGGGCUCCUCUGCCAGCAGUAAAGGCAGGCUGAGGAAGGGGACAGGCAAUACAGACAGCCCCUCACGCAGUGGCUUGUACCUCCUGCCCUAAGUCCAGUGGGCAGUUUGCAGGAAGAGGCCACAAACCAGAUGACUUAGCCAAGGGGCGGUGACAAUAACCCCCUCCCAGUGACAUCUGGGGACGCAUCACCAGCUGCACCAGCUGUCCCCCCCACUGCUCCCUGCCAUCAGCAGCACUCCCUGCCUGCCCCAUGAAUUCAAAGCGGGAUAUACACCAUUACCCCACCUGAAAUGUCACAACACAACUGAACCCCUUAUUAACUUAGUUUAUUAAGGACGGCAUUUUAAUUGCUAUGCUGUGCAACAAUAAUCCCAUGGGGAAGGCUCCAGCUGACAGCUAGAGCAGCCCCCCCUCUCCCUCACAAAGAGCUCACUGCCUUGGCCAGGCCCAGUGUUAGUUGUAGCAGUCAGUGCUGGGCACAGUCUUGCCCUGGAGACCUCUGCCAGGUUUGCAAGUCCUGCUGCUUCCAGACACAGUCCAUGGCAGAGGAUGGAAACCAUAACUAAGCCAGAACUCCUUCCCUCUUUUAAUGUACUCAGUGCUUCUAGAAAGGGAUGCAGGCAGCCACUCAGCUGCAGUCCCAUGACAAUAAAGUGCUUCAAACAAAA